AAUUGAUUCAGAAAAAUGAAAGGGGAGCAUCAGAUUCAUCAGCUGAAUCAGUAUCCGCUGCCGCAGCAGCAUCCAGACCCGUCCAUGGCUUCCGCCUCUGCCGGGGUCGACUUCGGCAAGGCCAAGAUGUGGCCGGACGAAUCCCAGAGAAUGGACGGUGGGAUGGACGAGCUUCUGGCGGUGUUGGGGUACAAGGUUCGGUCUUCGGACAUGGCGGAUGUUGCUCAGAAGCUUGAGCAGCUUGAAGAAUUUAUGGGUUGUGCUCAGGAAGAUGGACUCUCUCAGCUCGCUUCUGACACCGUUCACUAUAACCCGUCGGAUCUGUCGACGUGGCUCGAGACCAUGAUCUCCGAGAUUAACGUCCCGCCGCCUAAUUUCGAACCUUUAAUGGGCGGCGCCGUCGCUGGGAUACAGCCUAGUCAGCAGCAAGUCCAGCUAGUUGACGACCCGUUUUUAGCUCCGGCAGAGUCGUCCAUCACCACUGUCGAUUUCCCAGAUCAUCGGAAGAGCAAAUCCGUUAGCACAUCACCCACCCAAAAUGUAUUCGAAGACUGCAACUCUUCUUCCAGCUACUACGACUUCAAAUCCAUCCCCGGAAACGCGGUGUUCACCAAAACCCGCCUCGAUUCUUCCUCGCGGGAGCCCAAGCGUCUCAAAUCCUCAUCCGGGUCUUCUCCCUCCGACCUCCUCUUUAACCGCCCCGCCGCCUCCUCCCUUCCACAACCACAACAACCCAUCUCCCUCCCCGCCCCCGCCGAGUCAUCAUCAACCCGCCCAGCCCUCCUGGUUGACUCCCAGGAAAACGGAGUCCGACUCGUCCACGGCCUCAUGGCCUGCGCGGAAGCCGUCCAGCAGAACAACUUCAACCUCGCCAAAGCCCUGGUGACCCAGAUCGGCUACCUGGCAGGUUCACAAGCAGGUGCCAUGCGUAAAGUCGCCACCUUCUUCGCCGAAGCCCUGGCCCAUCGAAUCUUCAGAGUCUACCCUCAGCCGCCGAUCGACCACUCCUUCUCCGACAUGCUGCAGAUGCACUUCUACGAGACCUGCCCCUACCUGAAAUUCGCCCACUUCACCGCCAAUCAAGCCAUCCUCGAAUCCCUACAAGGCAAAACCAGAGUCCACGUCAUCGAUUUCUCCAUGAACCAGGGGAUGCAGUGGCCCGCUCUGAUGCAGGCGUUGGCGCUUCGACCCGGCGGCCCGCCCGCUUUUCGGCUCACGGGUAUAGGGCCGCCGUCUUCGGAUAACUCCGACCACCUUCAGGAAGUGGGAUGGAAACUCGCCCAGUUGGCUGAAACCAUCCACGUUGAGUUUGAAUACAGAGGAUUUGUGGCAAACAGCUUGGCCGAUCUCGACGCGUCGAUGCUCGAACUCAGACCGAGUGAGGUUGAAUCUGUGGCGGUCAACUCGGUCUUCGAGUUGCACAAGCUGCUAGCCCGACCCGGCGCGAUUGAGAAGGUGCUAUCAGUGGUGAAGCAAAUGAAGCCGGAGAUCCUGACCGUGGUGGAGCAGGAGGCGAACCACAACGGUCCUGUUUUUAUGGACCGGUUCAACGAGUCGCUCCACUACUACUCGACCCUGUUUGACUCGCUGGAGGGGUCGGCGAACAGCCAGGAUAAGGUGAUGUCGGAGGUUUAUUUGGGGAAGCAAAUCUGCAACGUAGUGGCGUGCGAAGGGUUGGACCGGGUGGAGAGGCACGAGACGUUGACCCAGUGGAGAGCCCGGUUCGACUCGGCAGAUUUCGUCCCCGUUCAUCUCGGGUCGAACGCGUUCAAGCAAGCGAGUAUGCUGCUGGCGUUGUUCGCCGGCGGAGAUGGAUAUCGGGUGGAGGAGAACGACGGGUGUCUGAUGUUGGGCUGGCACACUCGCCCGCUCAUUGCCACCUCGGCGUGGAAGCCAUCUUCCAACUCGGUCAUGGCUCACUGAGUCGAGUAGCGAGCUGGGUCAACUUUUCAAAAACUUAGAUCCUUUUUUUGGGUGCCAACCAAACAAACCCUAGUGAUGGUGGUGGGGUUACCAAAUGUGACAUAUGUCUGUGGUACUGAGCUGGAUGCGAUCAGGAGAUUGAGAUUGGGACACCCAAAGAGGACCACCAUUUAGGCCCAUUAGCAAAAUGUUCGGCUGAGAACACCAUCAGCCUCUUUCUUUUUACCUUUUUUUUUUUUUUUUACUUCAAUUUGUUAGGGGUUAUUUCUGUGUAGCAAGAGGUGGAUGUGUACGAAUGUUUAUAUUUCAUACAUAGGUUGGUGGUAAAAAUAAAUUCAAUUACUCUUUUUGACAAUUAUUGCCUCACAUGGGCACGUCAAAGUGGUUAAGAGUAUUUAGCUUGUAUUUGAAGUCACUGUGUUUGAAACAUGCUUCGUUGACAUUGUAUGUGUUGAUUUGGCGAGGCUAAGAGACUUAUAAUUGAAGUAGUGAAGCGUGUUUAGUUUGAA